AGUUUAGUCAAAAUGCGUCCAUUGAUUGCAUUGUUGCUGUUAAUAGCGGCUUGCACCUUAUCCGAGUCAAAGCGGCGAUCCUAUGAAAACUAUUCAGUGUACAAAGUUUAUAUCAAGAGUCAUUCGGAUCAACGGGUUAUUGAUGAACUCCUGGAGCAACCAGAUAAUUACAACUUGUGGCACCGUGGACGACACAGAGUCCAUAUAAUGGUGAGCCCUAGGGCACGUAAAACUUUUCUAAAAAGAAUGCGUAAGGAACAUAUUAAGGUCAAAUUGUUGAUAAAAAAUGUUCAGAAGCUUAUAGAUGAGCAAGGACUUUACUGACGUUAUACAUUUAUUGUAUUUAAUUUUUAAAUCGAGGAAUGAAGUUUUCGAUUUGGUUAAAGUACAGUUCAAAUAAAAAUUUUCGAUUUAAAAAAUGUAAACUAGAAAAAAGGAAUACUAGAAAAAAAUUAAUUAAAAAAUUUCUACAUUUUUUAACAAAUUA